AGGUUGCUAGGCGACGCAGAACGCUGCAGCAAGAGAAACACGCUGCUUUAUUUAAUUUCGCGAACCGCAGCCUGACCUCAAACGGGUCUUUACGCAAUCCGGACUGGAUGACAGUGUUCGUAAGCGUCGUUUCUACUAACAGAAGAGCUGCUUGUCUUACUGGGAUGGCCACGGAACACUGCAGUCUGAUCUUUGGAGUAUUAUUUCCAUUUCUGUUCAGCCGAUAAGCAGUGACCACGCUAUCCGUCCAGAUGACUUCGGAAUCCGUGAAGGUGGUCGUCAGAUGUCGACCUCUGAACGAGAGAGAGAAGGCCAUGAACUGUAAGAUGGUGAUCUCGAUUGACAGCAGUCACUGUCAGUGUUUCAUUGAGAAACCCGGAGCCACGGAAGAGCCGCCCAAACAAUUCACAUUUGAUGGGACUUAUUAUAUAAGCCAUUCCACUGAGCAGAUCUAUAACGAGAUCGCAUAUCCUCUGGUGGAGGGUGUAACUGAGGGCUACAAUGGGACAAUUUUUGCUUAUGGACAAACAGGCAGUGGCAAAUCGUUCACUAUGCAAGGUGUUCUAGAUCCUCCAUCCCAGAGGGGAAUCAUCCCUAGAGCUUUUGAGCACAUCUUUGAGACAAUCCAGUGUGCAGAAAACACGAAGUUCCUUGUCCGGGCCUCUUACCUUGAAAUUUACAAAGAGGAAAUCAGAGACCUUUUGGGAAAAGAGACCAAACAGAAGCUGGAACUGAAGGAGCAUCCUGAGCGUGGUGUGUACGUACGGGAUCUGUCCAUGCAUACGGUGCACAGCGUUGGGGAAUGUGAGCGGAUCAUGGAUCAUGGCUGGAGGAAUCGCUCUGUGGGAUACACACUCAUGAACAAAGAUUCAUCCCGCUCACACUCCAUAUUCACCAUUCACCUGGAGAUCUGCAACACAGAUGCUGCUGGUGAAGAACAUUUGCGUGCUGGGAAGCUCAACCUCGUGGACCUUGCAGGUAGUGAACGUCAGUCGAAAACCGGUGCUACUGGAGAUCGCCUUCAGGAAGCCACCAAGAUCAACUUGUCCCUUUCAGCCCUUGGCAAUGUUAUAUCUGCAUUAGUGGACGGUCGUUCCAAGCACAUCCCAUAUCGCGAUUCCAAGCUCACUCGUUUGCUUCAGGACUCGCUGGGCGGAAACACACGUACCCUCAUGGUGGCUUGUCUCUCACCCGCCGAUAACAAUUAUGAGGAGAGCAUCAGUACUCUACGCUACGCCAACCGUGCCAAGAGCAUCCAAAACCGUCCACGUAUCAACGAGGACCCAAAAGAUGCCCUCCUGCGCGAAUAUCAGGAGGAAAUCAAGAAACUGCGAGCGUUAAUCACUGGGCAGCUGGGAUCUGUCAAACUCAGCUCACUUUUGGAAGAUCAGAAGUCAGGAGAUUCUUCAGCUGUUCUGUCACGACCCCAGAGCAACACAUCAGAGAGCGAGGCAGAGAAAGACAGGAUAAAAGAGGAAUAUGAGAAGAAACUGAUGAAGCUACAGGCCGAGUACGAUGCAGAACAAGAGUCCAAAGUCAGACUCCAGGAAGACAUUGCAGCCUUGAGAACAUCAUACGAGACCAGACUCUCUUCUUUGGAGAGGUCCAGAGCUAGUCGAACACGUACUACUGGUGGCCCUUGUGUGGACCAGCAUAAAGAAGAACCCAUCACUGCACCUGUGGCUUCACAGGAACAGGCGAAUGCUGACCACAUCAUACCCGAGGAGAAUUGUUCUUCUGCUGUUGCUAAUGUCAAAGGAGCUCCCAGUGAAGAAAGUUCAGUUUUAGAUAUGGUUGUGGUUGCCACACCCGGUCAGCUGGACCAGAAGCAUGUUUUAGAGAGGCUGCAGCAGCUAGAGCAGGAGUUUGUGGGUGGAGAGCAGGUGAGGAACGAGGAGCUGAAGCAGAGACACAGACAGAGGAAGACUCUGGCUGACCAGAGGAAGAAGCAGCUUAUCGAAGCUCUGAGCCAAAGCAGUGAGGACAGUGACAGCGUUCUGCUGAACGUAUACGAUUCCAUUCAGGAGGAAGUACAUGCCAAGAGCAGACACCUGGAGAACACGCAGAAGAAGCUAAAAGCUGCCAAAUUGGAGAUCAGAGAUCUUCAGGCAGAGUUUGAGAUGGAGAGAGAUGAUUAUCUGGCCACCAUCAGGCGCCUGGAGCGGGAAGGCCAGCUCCUUCAAGGAAUUUUGGAGCGCAUGGCACCCCUGGUGCGCAGGGACUGUAACUACAGUAACCUGGAUCGGCUGCGGAAGGAAGCGGUGUGGGAUGAAGAGGGAGGGACCUGGAAACUGCCAGAGGUGGUGGUGCAGAAAACGACAUUACCUGCAGUCCCUCCUUCAGGUGCCAUUGCCCCUGGCAGACUUUCAGCACGCAGGAAUUCUGCCUCAGACCUUGCUGACCCUUUUGUGCAGGAAGAGGAGGAGGACCGCUACAAGAAAAUGCUCAACCGCAGUGAUAGUGAGCAUAUCGCCACUAACUACUUCAAGCCAAAACGGAGCAGUCAGCUGUUGGCUGCCGACUCUAUUAAAAACACAAUGAAUUAUUCUGGUUCAGUCGGUAAUGGUGCAGUGCACCAGACCUCUGUUGGGUCCAGUUUGUCUCCUCUAAACAUGGAAUCCCCCCUUCCACGCCCCUUCCGUUUGGAGUCCCUUGGAGUCCCACCUGCACAUGGCAAAGUAAAACGCAAGAAGAGCAAGACGCUCAUCCCAACUGAAGGCAACUGACAGGACAUGGCUUGACAAAUCUAUCUUUUUAAGCUGCUUUUAUCUGUUUUUAAUUCAUAUGUAUGUAUAUAAAGACGUGAUUUUGUUGUAGUAGUGAUUAAUGACAAACGGUAAUUUUGUGAACUAACUUUAAAUUCUAAAUGUCACACAAUGCAGCAUGAAACACUGUAUAACCAUAGGAAUUGUAACUAAUACUACCUGAAGUUAUAGAAAUAAUGCUACCUAAUGUUUAUACUGAGAGUUUUCAACACAAAAAAAACACUUUUUGUGAUAUUUUAAUGUAUGUUACUGUCUACAUCAUUAAAUAAAUAACAUACUGGUACGGAAUAAAA